AUGGAGUUCCGCUGGGCGGCAGAAGGCAAAACGGAGGAGUUGCGGCAGUGGCUGCGCGAGCACCCGGAGCGGGUGAAUGUGCCAUCGAAAGACUCCAACAUGACGCUGCUCUACACGUGUAUCUCGAACAGCGACCGCACGAACUUGGCGUCUCUCCAGGCAGGGUGGUCCUGCUAUCUCAGCACGGUUCGGAUGCUGUGCGAGGAGUACAAGGCGGAUAUACUGGCCCCGAACGGCGGCACCUGCAACACAGUUCUCCACCUUGCUGCCUCCACCGGCGCGACCGGCAUUCUGCGCUACCUGGUCGAGGGGCUGCGCACACCCGUGGACUGCACCAACGCGUUUGGUGAGCGGCCGGUGCAGGUGGCAGAGCGCCACGGGCAAACGGAGUGCGUCAGUAUUUUGACAGCUGCUGCCGCCACGGCAGCCUCAGCGCAGAGCCGACAGCCAGGGGCGGAGCGUUCCACGCCGCUGCAACAGGCACCGCUGGGUGGGCUGCACGACCCUGCCGCCGGCAUCCUUGGAAGCGGGAAUAGGCGAUUCCGGAAGGUGACGGUUUCGGACAGCGACGAUGACGAGGCGCGGAGCAGAGCCAGCAACGGUGGAGCGACUGCGGCGCUCAACCCAGGCGGAUCGGGCUGCGGGCGGCCCACUGACGGCGCUGCCCCGCUUUCGUUGCCCACACAGGCUAUGCAGCGCGGCGACGGCCACACCAGCACCUCAGCCCUCUUCACUCCCUUAGAUGGUAAAUCUACCUUUUCUGUGGUCGGCGACACGCGUACACCACUGCACAGUCGAAACCCCGCCGAGGCAAGCGCCGGCAACACGCUAGGCAUCAUCAGUGUACAGGCCAUGCGCGCCCCACCCGACUCCGCCCCUUUUUCGACACUGCCGACGCCGGUGCGGCCGCGCAAAGAGUACGACAUCUCGAGCUCUCGCAUCCUGGCGAACCCGGACCUGCAGGGGUUUCGCUUCGCCUACGGUGAUGGCUUCAAGUACAUUCAAUGCAGCGACCAUUACGAGAUUCGCGGCAUCCUGCCCUACACCUACCGCGGCACCGUGUACUACACCCCUGUGGUCAUCUCCGUCUACGCACCUACCUCGGCGUCGGACUCGUCCGAGAAACUGACGAGCGGCGGCCUGGCCGGGGGCAGCGGCGCCGUUGAUGCCGCUGUCAGCGACCCUGACAGGCCAUUUCCGUUCAUGGGGCCUCCAGGCGCACGCGCGUCACCGGCGGCAUCGCCUGCAUCCCACACGGCGGCGAAGACACACGUGUACUGCCGCUACCGUGCGUGCCUCAACAUACAGAGCCUCAACGGCUUCGCGAUUAGUCGCCGGGCCGAGUACAUCGACCCGAUCAGCGGCGCCAUCAUCCCGGCACCAGGGGAUGACAAGUACCAGACGCUGACCGCGUACGUCCGAAACGUGGUUGUACGUAACUUCGAGGCGGUGCCGCCGCUCAUUCUGCCGACAAGCAACUACGCCUUCCCCGCGAAGCCCAACAUCAGCCAGCUGGGCAGCAGUGGCAGCGCGGACGUGUACCACCACCACCACUCUCACAACGCACCGACGUUCAUGAAGAACGCGCUGCCCAAGCGCUCUGCAGCCCACAUCCGCUGUGCCGCUAUUCUCCGUGAUCUGUCGCGAUUUGGUGACGGACUCGCGCGGUACGUUCCGUCGAAGCACCGCAUCGUCGCCUACGUGCCUAUCUUCAGCGAGCACAAGGCGGCGGUGCUCGCGAUGCCACAGGAACGGCCUUACGCAACCACCCUUGGGCAAAACUCGCAGACUGCCGUCGCCAACGCCGCCGCCGCGCCGACCUUCUCGGCGGAAGGCGCCGCUCCUGUCGCUGGAGGCAGGGCUGGGGUGACGCAGCAGGUGGCUGUAGAGGCGGUGGCGGAGCUGCAGGUGCGCGUGCUUAUCCAGUUCUCCCCGACCCGUAUCGGUGGUGCCGCGGGCGAGGGCGCCGCCGCGAAGGACGACGAGGCUUGCAUCUACGCCCAGCCGCCGCGCAUCUACCUCGUCGAUGCGGCGACCAGCUCAUUGGCGGCCCUGCUCGACGGCGCGACGUCUGCCACCGCCGGUGCUGCUGGGGCACCCCCGUUCUCGUCCGCGCCCCCAUCCCUCACUGCGCAGUGCUUCGCCGGCAUCAUCAAGGACAGGGGGACGGGAGAGGUGUUCUCAGAGUACUUUCGUCUUUCGCAAGAUUCUUGGAGCGCCAAGGGAUCCGUGUACGACAUUCUUGUGGAGCUGCAGCGUGCCCUAAGAGGGGUGCUGGAGUCCUUUGCCAUGAACUACGUGAGAGGGAACGCCAGUUCGCCGCUGGCGAGGCAGAAGCAGCCGUCGUCGGGCCCGGGCGAUCGCAUGGUCGGCGCGCCGCGGGCCGCUCCGGUGAUGCCGUCAGCACUGGAUGGCUUCUUCAUGUCACCGACGACUCAGGCCCACCUCGGCCUGAGCGGGGCUAGGGGCGAUGUCAGCGGCGCCGCUCAGAGAAGCAGUGCCGGGUACUGCCUCUACUGCGUCCAGCCGCUGCAUCUGUCUCGCGUGCUGCUGCAGCCGUGCGGGCACGGAGGACUUUGUGGGUUGUGCGUGCAGCGGCUGCAGAGUCACUGCAGGGAGGAGGUGUUCGCCUGCCCUGUGUGCCGCGGCGCCGUGCAGAAUGUGCUGGAGGUCUUUCUAUGA